AUGAUGCGCAAGUUCAUGUUAGCGGUGGUUGUGCUUCUCGUCUCUCUCUGCGCGGUUUGGGCUCGUGCCGAGAGCAGCGGAAGCCCCACCGCCGUCGCCACUCGGUCUGUAGAUGAGUGUCGCCGGCUUGGAUUCCUAAAGGCGGACGCCAAGUGCCAGUACUGUCAGCCGCUGCUGCAAAAGACUGGCAGCGCGGAGAUGCACGAGGAGUGUCUUUCCUGCUGCACCGUUGAUGACCAGGCGCCGUCGCGCACGUAUGCCAGCGCUCGCAUCGAAUUGAGAGGCCUUCAUUCCGAGUUGGGGGAGACACGCAGCGAGCUCGGCAUGUUCUAUCAGGCGUACAAGGAGAAGUUUGGAAGGCGUUUGCAAUGGGUCACCAAGCACACGGCAUUCUGGCCGCGUCUUGUAUUGCAGGACGAAGAUGGUGGUGAGGAGUUGGAGAUGAGCCUCAUAGGAUGGACGAAGGACGGUAUGCACGACUACUUGAUGCAGGCGCUUGGCAUGGACAAGACGGCGGGGAGUUGA